CAACAGCAGCAAACCCACGCCCACGACCUCACCGCACGUCAUCCCACAGUCGCCCAACAUGGCCUCUCAGAGCGUGCAAUGCUUCGGCAAGAAGAAGACCGCGACUGCUGUCGCCCACUGCAAGGCCGGUAAGGGUCUCAUCAAGGUCAACGGAAAGCCUCUUUCCCUCGUCCAGCCCGAGAUCCUGCGAUUCAAGGUCUACGAGCCCGUCCUGAUCCUCGGCCUCGACAAGUUCGCUGACGUCGACAUCCGUGUCCGCGUCUCCGGCGGUGGUCACACCUCGCAGAUCUACGCUAUCCGUCAAGCCAUUGCCAAAUCCAUCAUCGCCUACUACCAGAAGUUCGUCGAUGAGCACUCGAAGAACCAGCUGAAGCAGGCCCUCGUCCAGUACGACCGCACACUGCUUGUUGCCGACAACAGGCGGUGCGAGCCCAAGAAGUUCGGUGGUCAAGGUGCGCGCUCCAGGUACCAGAAGUCGUACCGUUAAGCGGAUCGCGGGGGAAAUGUGGAGGACGAGUGUAUCGGGGAGCAUGGAGCGGUGUUCAUCCUGGGCUUUUUCAUGGCUCUUCUGCCCCUUUCGGGAUCGAGCGAGGUUCUUUGAUGUGGUGGUUCUGCCGGUAUUUGCGGCCUGCCUGCACGGAUCUCGCAUCUUGUGACGAUAAAAACGAAUACAUUGGUUGCAAGGCACAAGACACACAAUGGGCGUUGUUGCGGACAAUAGGACAAUGCGUCGGACCCGGAUGAUGACUGCAGAUGAACAUGCUCUCGGAAAUGAAUACCCUGGCUGCACAAGACGAAUCUCGAAUUGUGAUGUUGGGGUAGACGUAGUGAAACACGAAUACACGUCUAAUGACAAGCCACAGCAGUUCCAACGCUCCC